CACGUACCGAGAACGAAAAAAUCGCAAACACUUCCAAAUUUGAAAAUUUUCACUAAAAUGGAAAAGAAAUUUGUAAUUCGGAAUUCCCUUCUGACCGAUAUCUUCGAACAUCCUCAUACACGAAAUAUUUACAACAUGUGCGCCAUCCUCUUCGUGGGUCUUUCUUUCCACAACCUAGGAAUAGAAUACUUGACAACUGGAAGAGUCACUUUCGGCUUUGAAGUAAUAAAAACAAGCUUCGUCCACCUGGAUAAAGCCAUCUUCGUUUGGUCGUGUUGCUUUGCGUCAGCUUGUGCAUUGUUCUUCAUUUUUAAAUUGUGGUUAAGUCUUAGAACGUGUGCAGGAGGUUUGACUACAGUUUUCGAUUGGUUAGGAUUAGUCUGUUUAGCUUUGUACUAUUUUUACAGCUUGAAAUUAGUCACUGGUGCAAUACGCUACUUCAACUUCAAUAUCUCUUGCAUGCUUUUGUUAACUCUCGAACAGCCUGGGUUAUUAAUGAAAGUUCAUGCGUUCGUGCGAAGUAAAGCUUCGGAAGAACUUCCUCGUCUGUCUUUUUCUAAGUAUCUAUACUUCCUCUUCGCUCCUACUCUCAUCUACAGAGACGCCUACCCUCGAACCAAGACCAUCAACUGGAAGUUUGUCGCUCAGUGUCUGUUGGAAGUCGUCGCUGUUUUUUUCGUAUUUCCGUUCUCUGCUGUCAACUGUUUCCCAUCUUCAGAAAGAUGGGCACAAAAAUUUACCGUAAACGAGGUGUUACUCCUGAUCGUAGAGAAAAUAGUAUAUGCAGCGAUAAUACUAGUGUGUCCAUUCUUCAUGGGGUUCCACUCGUUUCAUAAUUUCGUUGCCGAGAUUCUUCAGUUCGGAGACCGUUUGUUCUAUUUAGAUUGGUGGAACGAACACACCAUUAACGGAUGGUUGUUGAAAUAUGACAAGUUGGUGCAGGACUGGUUGUAUUACUACGUUUACCGAGAUUUCAGGAAACAUAUUUGCGACAAAGUUUUACUAGCAAAAUUGACGGUGUUCUUGUUGUCUUUUUGUGUACAUGAAUGGAUUAUAUUUUGUUGCACUGGUGGACUUGUUCCGAUAAUGUUUUGUUUUUUUGUCGUUGCAGGACUUCCUCUGACAUUCUUUGAGAUUCCUAAAAACAUGCUUUCUGUAAUUGUUUUCUGGUGUGUAACUCUCCUGUUGAUUGGUAUCGCGUGGGUAUUGUAUACCCUGGAAUGGUACGCUCGUUGGAAAAGCCCUUUGGAAGAUCCAACGCUUUGGGAAUUACUUGUUCCUAGAUUUUUAACGUGUGACUGUGUAUUAAAAAUCUAGGUACUUGUUUGGGAAUCGAAGGAAUUGUACUUCCGGUACUUCCAUUGUA